CAAAGAAAAAGGUUUUAAUGCUUGAGCAAAAGUUAUGUUUAAACUAACACAGAGAACAUUUAAAAGUUUUGAGUGGCUUUUAAUUAAAAAACCAAGUCAGCGAUUAUGUUCAGUUUUAUCUCAAGUUCCCAGUUUAAAUAUUGAUAACUCUUGUGUAGAAAGAUUAAAAAGUAUUAUAAGUAAUGACAAUUUUUUGAGAGUUCUUGUUGAAGGUGGAGGCUGUUCAGGGUUUCAAUAUAAAUUUGAAAUUGAUAAUAAAAUUGAUCCUGCAGAGGAUAUGGUUUUUGAAAAAGACAAUGCUAAAGUUGUAGCUGACAAAGAAUCUGUUAAAAUAUUAAAUGGAGCUACCAUCGAAUAUCAUACUGACCUUAUUCGAGCUGGUUUUCGUGUUUCAAAUAUACCUAAGGCAGAAAAAAGUUGUUCAUGUGGAGUUUCAUUUUCAAUAAAGUUAUAAAAUAAAUUUCUUUUUUUUUUCACUUUUUUAUAAAAAUAUAUAUUCAAUUGUGAAAGUUUAUUUAUUAAAAAGUUUUGUAAUUAAUAUAAUAAAUAAUAAAAUAAAUUAUUUGACUUUAAUUUUAAGAAUAUUUACAUGCUUAUGUAAAAAAAGAAUAAUUUUCUUGCCUAUUAAUCUUAUUGAUUAUAUUACUAUUAUUACAUGUUUUAGUAUAAUAAUUUUUUUCUGUAAAUUGAGGGAAAACAAGUUUGGUCAUUGAAAUCUAAUUUAAAAAGUUUAAUUCUGUUUAGGUCUGUUUAUAUUUACUAUAUAUUUAGUUUGAUUUUUAUUAGUAUUCGGGCAUUUCCAUUUCUGUAUGUGAUUUUUUAUUUUUCUUUAUUUUAAACAUUAAAAAGUGGGGCUUAAAGGAAUAUGCAUACUAUUUUGAUUUUCUAAAAGAACAAUUAUCAUAUUUUAGGUUACCUGGAUACCUACAUAUUUUUAUAAUUUUUUUUUUUUGUGUAAUAAUAUCGCAACAGUUUGAAAAUUAUGCAAUAUUUUAAAAAAUGCUAUACUCUAGCUUGAAAUAAUUGAUGGCUGCCAUUUCUCAUGGAAAAUAUAUUAAAUAUGAGUCGUAGAAGUAUUAUAUCUCACUUGAAAUACUCACAAGCAAUUUAUUUUCAUAAAAAUAAAUUGCUUGUGAUUAUUUCCGAACAUAAAAAAACUGAAAAUUACCAAAUUCGCAACUUCUGUGCGUGACUUCUGUGCGUGAUUAUUCAUGAACUUCAUUUAAACAUUUGCUGUGAUUUUAUCAUGCAUAAAUAUAUGGUACAUAUGAUACACUCUAUGAUACCUGUGACUUUCUGGAAAUCUUUACAAAUAUUUAAAAUAUUGCUUAAAAAUAUAUAUAUACUGUUGAAACUUAUAUUUGUUCUGUGCGUGAUUCCGCUUUAAACUUAAUUUAUCCAUUGUUAAGAUUACUAAUGUAUACCAUUUUUUGUUUGUAAAAUAUUAUAUAAAUUAGAAUUAAAUGAGAAUAAAUUGGAAAACGCCA